AUAACUAACAGUAAACUUUUGUAGUAAAUAGUAAUACUAUUAAUUAUUAAUAUUAUUAUACUACUAGUAAAGUUACCUAAUCACUCCGAAAAAAUAUCGUCUAGUCUUUCUAGUUAGUAGUUUCUACCUAGUAACUUGUGUUUUUGUACUUUACGUCACUUUCUAGUUCUUAGUAGACGUACUUUGUCAGUAGUCAGUGGUGAGGAUCAUUUUACUUCUUAUUUUUGUUGCCUGAGUAAAAUUAGUGAUUCUUAGUGGAGACGUUAAAACACAACUAGCAAAUUCCACGACAAUGAGCGAAUCAAAUGAAUGCAACAAUACAUCAGCGUCAAAGCAGCCGUACAGGCCAGUAGUCAUUGUGCAUGGUUUAAUGACUGGUGAUGUCAGCACAAUGCAGCAUCUGGCUGCUCGUAUAGCUGAAUUACAUCCAGGUACCAAAACAUAUGUCAUUGAUAGGUUCUGUGGUUUGGCUAGCUUGGAACCAUUGUGGCGACAGACAAAGAAGUUAGCUGAUGACUUAUUAAAAAUAUGUUCGUUGCAUCCAGAAGGUGUUCAUGUUAUAGGAUACUCUCAAGGUGGACUCAUAGCAAGGGGCAUGAUAGAAGAAUAUGGUGCUGAGCAUAAUGUCAGGACAUUUAUAUCGCUUAGCUCACCUCAAGGAGGACAAUAUGGGGCCGAGUGUUUCACAAAAAUGUUCCCUGCACUGACAACACGCACUGCAUAUGAAUUGUUCUACACUCGAUUGGGUCAACGAGCUCUGUCUGUAGCUAAUUAUUGGUAUGAUCCCAGGCAUAGGGACCUUUACCUUAAAUACAGUGCGUAUCUUGCAGUUAUUGAUAAUGUUAAACAACAGAAUUCAAGUGAUUUGAAUUUACAACAACAAAACGAUGAUGAUUUGAGAACAAAGACGGUGAAUACAUCUGCUGCAGUAAUUGGUAAAAUUAUAGAUGAAGCAGAGAGUGAUGAUGACUCACCAAAAAAAAUUGAAGAACGUGUUAGUAUUGCUAUAGCAGCAGUCUCCGCCGCCACUGUUAAAAUUGCUGAAAGUCAUAACAGCAACAACAGUAAUGCUAACAAUGUUACAACAGAUGUUGAUACAGUUAUGGCUGUAGUCGCAGCCCAUGAUAACUAUUAUGCAGAAAAUAGUAACAAGUCUAACCCUAACACCAAGAAACUGGGCCUGACUCGACUGCAGCGACUGAUAUUAAUUGGUGGGCCUGACGAUGGGGUUAUUUCGCCAUGGCAAUCCAGUCAAUUUGCUGUACUGGAUAAAUCUGGUAAACUGAUACCAAUGCGAGAGCGACAAGAUGACAUAUACAGUGAUAAUGAUCCAAUCGGAAUACAUCAGCUAGACAUGGCGGGUCGGUUGAUUGAAUAUACUGUGCCAAGGGUCAAUCAUCACGAGUGGCACCGCAAUGAAAAGGUACUCCGUGAAUGCAUAAUUGGAUGGUUAGACUAGAAUUGGGUCGGUCUAUUGUGAUGCUAUAGUGGGUCAUAAUAGCAGUGGUAUGUUACAUAAAAAGAGAUAAAGGACUUUCAAGACAAAACACGUCUAUAAAUAUUAUAUUAUCUAUUUAACCACAUUGUUAUUAUAUUUUUGAAAUUAUGUAU